AUGGAGCUCCAACCUUUCGGCACAGAGCCGCGCCGUUUCCGACUGCCUCUCGUCAUAAUGAAGUGUCCACUGGUCUGGUGGUGGCUGUCCUUGUUGGCAUGCCGCUGCCUGGCUUACAAGAUGGACUCUUACCGCAAGGUGGCAGCGCAGUCCGAUUCGCUGCAGGCAGAGCUUGCCACCUUGCGGGAGGCUGUCAGAGAAGAGAUUAAGCAGACUUUGACCUCGGAAGUGGCUGCUCAACUGCGCCCGCAGCAAGUUCGCCCGGCUUUCUCAGAGCCAGCGCCGCAGAACAGUCAACGAUUAACGCAGCUGCUGAAGACGGUGUCUGCUAACUUGAGCAGCGCGGAGGGCCAUCUAGCAUCGCGGUGCAGCAAGAAGGUGACCGCCCGCGUUGCUCGGAAGCAUCCUUUCGCUUCUUGCUGGCAAGACCUAGGAGCACCGCCUGAACGUGGUGAAAGCAUCUCCGUCAACAGCGAUCGCCACGAGCUCGCCGAGAUUUUUUGCAUCGACACCAUAUCUGAAAGUGGACCCGUACAGAUGCGCAAAACGAGCAACUUAACCAUGAACUGCAAGCUCUUGAGCGCGGUGCAAAUUGGACGUCUCGCGCCAUGUCGCCCGCAGCUGCCGGUGACUUUCCUCUUGAUGGCCCAGGGGCAAGGGUCGGAGAAGCUGACGGAGCAAGCCUACCGCGAGCAAAUGUCAAGCUGUGGUGGUGCGCUGAGGCGGAGUGGAAGGCCGCCAACUCAUCCUGCGCCACAUCUGAGUACCUGGCAGGAGUUCGGGACGCUUCGGCUUCGGCUUUGGCCUGGUCCAGGGAGACAAGCAUGGUGUGCCGCUCGAAGGUGGAUAUCUGGAACCUGGACAAGACAGUGCUCAACGGCAUUCGGCCAAGCAGCGAGGCGUCUAGAAGGCUGCCAGUCCUCACUGGCCUCGCAGACCGUGAGGCAGGCACAGGCGGCUGUGAAAGGCCUCUACUUCCUUGUGUUCCGAAUGCGUGCUGCCGGGCUGGGCAAGCCGGAUCAGACCACCAUCCUCGAAGCUAUUCAGCGCCUCAAAGAGUCAUAUGGGCGUGCCAUGCAAGGUUGUGAGGGCACCCCAUUUACCGCCGUCUGA